AUAAAAACCUCACGAGAGACACUAUCGGUGGUUCUGCUCAGAAGCUGUAGUGUAGCCUCCGGGGAUUCACACAAUCAAACCUCUGUGCUCUGCUUAAACACAGACCUUCUCCUUCCCCACACAGCCUCACAGAAGCAGGAUGCGUUUGGUGUGUGCUUUGGGUCUCUUUUUGGCCCUGCUGCAUCUGUCUACCUCUCUGCUGCUGGGAGCCUUCAACAUCAAGUCAUUUGGAGAAAAGAAAUCCUCCAACACGACUCUGAUGGACAUCAUCAGCACGAUUGUCCUCCGCUAUGACAUCAUUCUGAUCCAGGAGGUCAGAGACAGCGAUCUGACAGUAACCAAAAAGCUCAUGGAGCAUGUCAACAAAGGUUCUCCUCAGUUCAGGUACAGUCACAUCAUCAGUGAGCCGCUGGGUCGCAGCUUCUAUAAGGAGAGAUAUCUCUUCCUCUACAGGGAGCAGACGGUGUCCGUGGCUAAAAACUACACCUACGAUGAUGGCUGUGAGCCCUGUGGGACAGACAUCUUCAGCAGAGAGCCCUUCGUCGUCAUGUUCUCCUCCAAAUAUACUGCCGUGAAGAACUUUGCUCUGAUCCCCCAGCACACCUCUCCAGACUACGCUGUGAAGGAAGUGAACGCUCUCUACGACGUGGUGGCUGAUGUCCGCACCCGCUGGAACACCAAUGACGUCGUGCUGCUGGGCGACUUCAACGCAGGCUGCAAUUAUGUAACAGGCUCCGAGUGGCAGCAGAUCCGCCUCUUCACCGACAAGAGUUUCCACUGGCUGAUCACCGACGAGGCCGACACCACAGUGUCACACACUAACUGCCCUUACGACAGGGUUGUGGUCACUGCUGACAUGAUGAAGGGAGUGGUGCAUGGCAGUGCUGAGGUCUACGACUACAUGGUGGACUUGAAUCUUAGCCAGAGUUUGGCAUUGGCUGUCAGUGACCAUUUCCCUGUGGAGGUGAAGCUGAUUGGCCAGGCUCCUACUGGCUGAAUCAUGACUCCGACAACCGUUAAUCAGACCUCCUGGCUGAAUCUGAAUUGUGAUUAUUUAGUGGGAGAAAUCUUGCCAACCAUGCAGCCAUGAAUUACAAGACCAAAAUAAACAAUUAUGAUGCCAAAUGAUUUCAUUGCAAACUUGCUUCUUGGAACAAACGUGCGAAAAAGACGAGUUGAGUCUCUUAUCGAAGUGCAUCAAAGGUGAGGUGCGUGAAAAAAAAAAGCCUCUUGUAAACAUUUACUAAGAGAUCGCUUUUUAAUUUGGGAACCACUUUCUACUUAAGAAAAUUGCAAUGCAAUGCAACUAGGACAAUGACUCUGAAAGGACACACUGCUGUUGACAUUUUUUCGAUGUUUGAUGCAGCACAAACAGAUGUCCUUUCACCUUUAUUGUAUUAAGUGGCAGGAAUUAUAAAUCUUGGCACAUACAACUGAAACUAUCUGCAUAUCGUGACACCUGGGUCCUGAAAAGCGAGACUUUUAUUAAUGGUUCCCACAUCUUCUUAAACUUCAAAGUCAAGGACUUUUCAAGGGCUUUCCAGGCCCAUUCAAGGACCCAACCCCAACACGGAAUAGUUUGAGACACAGAUCAAGGUUAAUUACAGUUACAACACUGAAUUCUUAUAAUGGCAACAAGCAGGCUUUACAGAAGGUCACAGACACCAAUUAAAGAGAGAGAGAGUCUUGAAUGUGUGAACACUUCUCAUUUGGACUGUGUUACAGUGGUGCUACUUUAAGUUUAAAAAAAGAAUCAAAAGAAUUUCUAUUCUUGCACAAAAUAUAUAAAUUCAAGCACUUUCAGUGACCCAUGUCUAGGUCUAUUUUCAAAAACUUUCAAAGCCUUGAUUUUCCCCACUGAAAUUCCUAAACUUUCAAGGAUUUCAAGGACGCCUACGGAACCUGUUUAUUUCUCAAUGUGAUCAUUAGCAUAAAGACUACUGAGAUCAAGUACUGCCAAAAAUAAAAGUGACAAUAAAUGGCAACAUUGUGAUUCUGACCCUUCAAUUCAUUCUUUGGUCACACCAAUCAAUCCAUUGACCACAUAUACAGUACAUUUAUGUACACCCAAAUGUACGCAUUUAUUUUGAAAUGUAUGGCUAAAAAGCAGUUAGAAAAAAUUAAUGUACUGUAUAUAAAUCUGUUAGAGAUGUCAAAGGCUUCGCCCACUGUGGACUAUUCAAAUUC